AUGACCCAAAGAGUUCGAGGGCUGGUAGAUACGCUGCCGGUAAUCUGCCAAGCUGCCUUUUUUCAAGUACAAAAAGCGCAGAAUAGGCAAAAACAGCUUCAUGAUAGAAAGAUUCAGAAUAUUACUGAAUUUGGAAUAGGGGAAAAAGUUUUGGUAAUUGAAACUUUGGUGUUUGCCUAUUACCUCAGUAUGUUGUUUGUAACUGCUACUCCACUUCAAAAAGGAGCCAUCCGAAGACAAGUAACCCGACAUUACUAUCUUGCGGCUGCGCAUGUCUACGAUGUAUUUGCUCCUCUUGGCGUUCAACAAAUUUAUAGCACCACUAUGGUUACUUUUAACACAUUUAGGUUGCUGUUGAAUGAAGAUCUCCAACAAUUGGUCCUCUAA